GGUUGGGGCUGGCAAGGCCUCUCAAAACGGCACAGGAUGAAGAAGAGGAUUUAGUUGUGAGCAGGAGAACACGACCCUCUCUCUCCUCACUAAAAGCCGCAUUAUUCACACCCUUUGAGCCGGCUUGGGCGGGCUCUUCCUCCUUUUCUACACUUGUGCACACCCGCUUCUGGGUCAGCAGCGUUCUCUCAGAAGCUCCGUGGUGCGAGGCGCGUGAGGAGACGCAAGGGGGCGGGGGCGGGGGAGACGGCGGCAGCCCCGGGCCUGCAGGACAGCACCGUCUCUUCGUCCCGUCCGGGGCUUCUCAACGGUUCCACACAGACACGUUCGCGGGAAAGCGCGAUCCCACCGGGGAGGUCCGUAGAGUUAGAGCCGAAUAACGGCAGAAGACCAAGGGUCAGCGCGGGGGCGGGGCUACAGCGCCAGCCCCGCCCCCCGGCUGUUCCCGCGCUCUGAUUGGCUCCGGCAGCCGCGCGCUCCGGGCGGGCAGCUGGCGGCUGAAAAGCGGGUGUUGCUGGCUGCGAGGGACCAGCGCGCAACCGCCUGAGGCAGCUGCCUGAAGCGGAGGCUGAGGGCCGCUUGCCCCUCGCCAGGCUGCGCAGGAAUCUUGGGAAGCCAAAAUGCGGCAUAAUCAGAUGUGUUGUGAGACACCACCUACUGUCACUGUUCAUGUAAAAUCAGGUUCAAAUAGAUCACAUCAAACUAGAAAACCUAUUAAUCUGAAGCGUCCUAUUCUUAAAGAUAGUUGGCAAGCAUCUGAAAAUGCACAUAAUAACAAAUCUAAACGGCCCAAAGGACCCUGUCUAAUUAUACAGCGUCAGGAAAUGACUGCUUUCUUUAAAUUAUUUGAUGACGAUUUAAUUCAAGAUUUCCUGUGGAUGGACUGCUGCUGUAAAAUUGCAGACAAGUAUCUUUUGGCUAUGACCUUUGUUUAUUUCAAGAGAGCUAAAUUUACUAUAAAUGAGCAUACCAGGAUAAAUUUCUUUAUUGCUCUGUACCUGGCUAAUACAGUUGAAGAAGAUGAAGAAGAAGCCAAGUAUGAAAUUUUCCCAUGGGCUUUAGGGAAAAACUGGAGAAAAUUGUUUCCUAAUUUCUUAAAGUUAAGGGACCAACUCUGGGACAGAAUUGACUAUAGGGCUAUUGUGAGCAGGAGGUGCUGUGAAGAGGUUAUGGCCAUUGCACCAACCCAUUACAUCUGGCAACGAGAGCGCUCUGUGCAUCACAGUGGAGCUGUUAGGAACUACAACAGAGAUGAAGUUCAUCUGCCCCGGGGUCCUAGUGCCACACCAGUAGAUUGUUUACUGUGUGGUAAAAAAGGAAGAUAUGUGAGACUGGGACUGUCUUCAUCAUCAUCUUCAUCCAGUGACACAGUAGAGCUAAUGGAAAAAAAUUCUCAGGAAUUUCACAAUUCAUUAUCAAUGGACAUGAUAGGUGAACCUUCUCAAGCUAAUAGCUAUUCACAAGUAGCCAAUGACCAUCAAUCAAACAGAGAAAAGGAAACUAAUUUUAUGAAGAAAGACAAAGCUAUGGAGUGGUUUACAGGAAGUGAAGAAUGACAUGACUCAACUAAAGCAACCUGGAAUCAUUAGCUACAAAAUGUCAAACUAAAUGCAAGACAAUGUCAAAAUGGGACAGUUACCCAGUUGUACAAUGUUCUUUAGCUUUUGUUAUUCUUCAAGCAUAUGUAAAAGUUAUACAAAUCAUAGUAAUAACUAAAAGUACCAAUUUAUGACAGUGAUUGACAAUAUAAAGUUGUAAUUUGAUACUUCUUUGCCUUCAAAUUGAUUGCUGUCAUCAGGGGUACUCAGUUCAGCUGUGGCUUGACCUUCCUCAACCUGACAAGAAAAACUAGUUUAAAAGAGAAAACAAUUAAGGUCAUAACAAUGCAUUAGUUAAAAGGAAGAAACAUUUAAUAUGUUCUGAAAACAUUACUAACAUGGGUGACCAGUCUAGCACUAUAGGGAUAUGGUCUGUACAGAAAACCAGAAUGUGAUUCUUCUGUAACAGAACAAAAUGCAUACUACACUGUAUAAGUGUUUUAUAAUUUGUUCACAAAAAGUAUUGAAAUAUUAAACACUGUUCUUUUCCUGUAAGCUCUUUUCUUUUUUUGCAUAUGUUUUAGAGCUAUGUUGCUAGUCAGAAUACAGAAACAUUUGCCAGUGAUCACAUAGUAACCUUACAGAUAAGCUUAUACCCAAAUGGAUAAGCCUGUUUCAUAAAUCAAUAUAUCUGGAACCCUUUCCACAGCCUAAAUAAUGUACACAUACAAGGACCUAAACUUGCUUCCUGGAAGAACUCCAGAAGCACUUCAGGACUUACAUUUUGUAAUUAACAGAAUAGAAAAACACUACAUUGCAGUUGCUGUACCAAACAAAACAAAACAAACCCCAAAAUCCCUGAAGAGUAUCUGAUAGUUAUGUGAGUGUAUGUAUUAUUGUGUAAAUGUGCUGGUCAACAUAAGAAUCUACAAUAUUUACUAUUAAAAACACAAGCAUAAAAUAAAA